UGCAAGAACAGAAUGUGCGCUAGUUAUUUUGGAUCUCGUGCUGUGAAUCGAUUUGCAUGAAAUUAUUAUUUUAUACAACUCAAAUAUCUAUCAUAGGUUUAUAGACAUUGAUAGAAUUGACUAAAAACACAGGUGGUUCAUGUUUUAAAUAUUUAAAAUAAUAAACGUCUAUACCCUAUCUAUACAUAAAAUACAUCCAAGUUAGGUCUAUAGAGGUAUAGGUCUAGAGGUAAAUCGUUGAGUAGUUGAGUUCAACAGAUGCUGUAUUUUGAGUUUCCAUUAAGAGCACAAAAAAACAACAGGAUUUUACAUACCUCUUAUACGUAAGAGGAAGAGAACUUUAACUACUGGCUUUUAGGAUUUCAGAAACACUUUUUUUUCUUCCAGAGAUAUACAAGAGGAUAAUGGAUUUAAACAUCCCCGAACUGAGUGAUGACUAUAAUUACAGCCAUUAUUAUGACUAUGGAGAUGAACCAUUGGACGGCUUUGGACUUUGUGAAAAGGCACACGUCAAAGUAUUUGGAAGAAUUUUUCUACCCACCUCUUACAUUAUCAUUUGCACCCUCAGCAUUAUAGUAAAUAUACUUUUCAUUUCAACUUUAAUCAAAUCCAAACAUCAUAGAAAAACAUUUCCUAUGAAUAUGGCCAUUUCUGAUUUGUUGUUUGCAUUAACACUCCCUUUUUGGGCAGUGUAUGCCCACAAUGAAUGGAUAUUUGGCAAUGAUUCCUGCAAGACAGUUACUGCGAUUUACAUCACUACUUUGUACAGCAGUAUCCUGUUCAUCACUUGUAUAAGUGUGGAUAGGUAUUUAGGUGUAGUAUGGACUCUGUCCAGCUGGAACCACUGUACACCUAUGGAAAACACCUUAGUGAGCUUUGUGGUGUGGAGCCUCUCCAUCUUAGCAGCAGCUCCACAUUGGACCUUCGUUCAGGAACAAGAGUUUCACGGCCAGAAGAUUUGCAUGUACCCUUUUGGAGAGGAAAAUCACUUGCCUCUGUGGAAGAUUCUCAUGAAGUUUCAGCUGAACGUCUUUGGGUUUCUCACACCUUUUCUGAUCAUGCUCUUCUGCUACCUGCGAGUCUGCUGUGCUGUAGCGAAGGUUAAAGUGGGACCGAGACGAAAGAGUCUGAAAUUGGUCAUGAUAGUUGUUGUGGUAUUUUUUGUGUUAUGGUUCCCGUACAACAUUGUGUCCUUUUUACACUCCUUGCAACACUUGCAUGUGAUUUCUAAUUGUGCCACAAGCCUACAUCUGGAUUUCGCCAUUCAGGUUACAGAGGUCAUUGCCUAUAGCCAUGGUUUUGUAAAUCCCAUUGUGUAUGCCUUUGUCAACAAGAGGGUUUGGAAGGGCUUUGCUACGAUGUGUGGGGGUAAAUGCAGAAGAAGAACCAGUGAUGAGUAUGUGCUGGAGUGCUCCGAUAGCACAAAGUCCAUGUCAGUUCAGAGUGGUGUGAUAGAGUUACAAGCAGUUCAGCGCUACCUAGAGAAUAAUACUCAACCAACAAACACAGAGCGGAGAUAAUCCUCCAUAAGAGUUGAAAUGGCUUUUGCACAAAUAACUGUUUACAUUAUAACAUGUUAACUAUACCUGGGAAGUUAAGUGGAUUAUUUACAAUCAAUCUCUAUUUACAGUAUGUUUGUGUCCUUCUAUUCCUUGUAUUCAUAUACAGUAUAUCAUUGUGCAAAUAGGGGGGGGGGGGUAUAUUGGCAAAAUACAUGACAAUAAAGAUGUUUAGUAGUUUAGCAGUUUUUUUGCUAUCACACAGUGUACUGAAUAAAAUGAAGAAAUAAAAUGAAGUCACUCAGCAUAUAUGUGACACCAGUUAAACCUCUUGGCUAUCUUACAAGGAUAAAGUGGUGUCCUCCCUUCCUGUAACUCAUAUUUUCAUAAUGCCAGUACAUUUUUUUUAAAUCAGGGCUAUGUACAGUGCAUUUGAAA